UAUUAUAAAUGUGUGCCCUCACACCUUCGUAACAAAACCCUGGUAUAUGAAAUUACAUAGUUUGAGAAAAGAGGGUUGUUGAGAUUGUUGUGACUGAUACUCAACUUGAAUAUCAAAUGAAAAAGGAGAGAAAACACAGUGUACUCUGCAACAAGCAUCCAAUGACCAAAUGCUGCUGUCAAACCAGCUGGAAAAGUUCUGGAUCCAAAUCAAAAAAAUUGAAGAAAUCACUGGAAAAAGUUUCCAGUGACUCAGAAGUUCUAGAUCCUUCUCUUCGAAAUGUUGUUGAAAAACAGACAAAAGCUGAAUUAGCUUUUGAAAAAGCUCGUGACAAAAGGUUAGUUGAACAGAUUGUGGAACGUGCCUCCAAGUCACACAAGGAACGAAUUAUGGAUUUCAACCGACACUUGGACACUCUCACUGAACACUUUGAUAUUCCCAAAGUCAGCUGGACAAAAUGAAAGAUCCACAAGGCUUCAUCUCAUUUUUUUUGUACAGAACAUCUGAUAAUAAAUUUUUUUAAGCUA